AGGAUUGGCGGACAAGCACCGAACAUGACUCCAGCCCGAACCCGCCAACGGAGAAUCGUUCCCCAUUUUCAUCCCAAACCUCCCCAAUGCGACUGCGACCCCGUCCUCUCUGCUCCACAUUGGGAGUCCCUUCCCAAAGUCACUCCUCAUGACCGUCUACAUUCGACCAAAACGAACCCACCCAAACAACCUCCUACUACAACACCCGCCACAACACUCACAUCCCUCCGCUUGCAAGACCGACAUCGGUUAGCUGCGCUCAUAAGACAAUUAGCAAUAGCGGAAUCCCAACGACAAAAACUUGUGGACGAGGCCACGAAUGCACGAACGCAGCGUGACGCAUUGGAGGAAGAGGUUAAGAAAAUCCGAAUGGAAAAAGGGGAGAUUGUUGAGCGAAAUGCAGUGAUUACCAAGCGGUUGAACAAGGCCCAAGAUUUGUUGCGACAGUACGAGGCUGAGAUUGAUAAGACGAGGGCAGAGAUGGUGCGUCUUCAAGAGGGAAUUGUGCGGGAUGAACCUGUACGAGAUGGACCGUCAACGGAAAUGAAAGCGUUGAUGCAACUACAGGUGGAGGUAUCAAAGAUUACGAACCUCCUUUCGAAAAAUGUGCAUCGCGAGGAAAAGGAAUCCAGCGCCGCACCCACAGCUCCAGAAAAAGUCUCUCGGGCCUCAAGCCCACCACCUCCACCUACUCAGCAAGCGGAAGAGACACCUCCCAUACCACACCCACCACCACCAUCCAACCCAAACAUUGACCUCCGCGCGCUCCUCCAGAACAUCCUUCAAACCCGCCGUCGCAGGCACCGCCGCCGAAACCACCCACCAGAUGUCAAAACCCAAGUCCAGCGACUCCUCGAAGCCUCCCGAAACGGCGCGACCGACCGUCGAGUACAUUAUCAAGAUGACUGUCCAACCUGCAACCCCCAACCCACUCCUCCCGCCCCCUCGACCCAACAAGACUCUGCAACGACUCCCACCUGCCCACACUGCAUCCUAACGCUAAACCACCCAACCUGUCCGCUCUGUCACGUCCAAACCGCCGCCGCAACGGCAGCCAUCACAUCCCUCUCCUCCUCUGAACCGAUAUCAAAAUCGACAACAAGAGACGCGUCACUGUUAUUCGGUAACGAUACGUCCAUGGUACGACCGUUUUUGGAGGUUGUUGAGGAGGUCGGAGGCAUGUGGGACGCUGUAUCGCUAAAUGAAGAAACGAGUGCCUGGUCUAGUGCGCAAGUGGAUGACGAAUUGCAGAGUGUUAUUGAGAGUUUGAAUGGGGUUGUGUAAUAGAAUGGUUUUUUCGGGACAUUUCUGGUUUGAAGGGUUGCGUUUUUUUACUGGCUUGGCCAUUUAGUUUAUACCCCAGUGGUAGCCAUUUUGUAAUGUGUGCUUUGCCCUACCCACGAGCACGGUUUGGUAGACAUGGAGGAGAUGAUACCCAAGUUUGAGGAAGAAGCAGGCCAAACGAUUCUGCAGAGGAAUUAAAGAUUGUAAACAGAGGUUCUUAAUACUUUUCCU